AACGGCCAGCCCCAUCUCACCUUCUUCCCCACCUCAUAGAUUAAGAAUGGUGUUGAAGCCUUUCCUCCAAUCUCCAAACCAAGCCGCCUCCUCCCCUCUUCUUCUCAUAUAGGUGGUCCUCAAGCCAUGGCAGCUCAUCGACCAAAACCCGGUCACCAUCAUCGGUUGGACAACGAAGGGCUUCGAGGUGUGGCCGGAUUUGUUGUGCAAUGGAGGAGGCUCGGGCGGUUGUAACUGGCGCCAAAAAGGUCCCGGUCCCGAUCAAGGCAGUUGUGAGAGUGAAGCUCACGACUGGAUUAGGGAUUUUUUUGGCGCCGCGGCCUCGCCGAGGAGCUCGGUGCUCGUAUUGCUGAUUGGCUCGGAAAAUCCCUCCUCCUCGUGCUCGUGAACUCCAAGCUAGAUCAAGUAUCUAAUUAAGCAUGUUACGCAUAUAUGCUCAGGAUGUUAAACUGAGCAACAACACUGUAGACGCUCGUAGGUUGGAAGAGCAGAAAAAAGAGAUAAUGGAGGAGCAUCGGAAAGAGUUGGAGAACUUGAGGCGGAAGAUUGAGACAAAAAUGGAGUCCAUGGAAAAGAGCUAUGGUGAAAAGAUGGGCAAAAUUGAAACUCAGCUUAGCCAUAUUACAUCCUUACUGGAGAAGGUUUCCCAACCUCAGGCUUCUGGUACGUCCGAGAGUCAUGGAGAUGAUCCUGAUAAGCCGUCAGAGGGUCAAAAGCUUUAGUUUGGCUCUUUUUGGAGUUUUAUAUGUGAUGUAUCUUUUUAUAUUUUUUGAGUUUUUUUGAGUUGUAAUAAAAAUUCAACCAUGUUUGACAAUGUAAAUAUUUAUCAUUUUCGUAUAUGAUAUAAGUGCUGUCAUGCAA